UUUUAGUUAUUUGCGUGGCGUUAUGGCGCGUAGAUCGUUGUUAGUUGCCGCGUGCAUUUGUUGCAUUGCCAUCGGCAUUGUACGGGCCAAGCUGUAUACCUCAACACAAAAUAAUACAUAUUUUAUUGAAGCGCGUCAUAAGUACAAUUGGUUUCAAUCGCAAAACCAAUGCACUUUACAAAACAUGACCCUGCUGAGCAUUGAAAAUGCCGAUAAAAAUCGGGAGAUACACGAUUUAAUUAAUGAAAACUUUAAAGAUAAGGAGAAACCUUUGCUCUAUAUUGGCGCCAAUGAUUUGGCAAAUUUGAAACAUUUUUGUUGGACAAAAACAGGUCUGGAAUUUGACUAUACCAACUGGAGUGAGGGGGAACCGAAUAACUAUGGUGGCAACGAACAUUGUGUCCAUAUUGGCCUCUAUGAUGAUGACACCUGGAAUGAUGUGGAUUGCUCGAUGCGUUUUGGUUACAUUUGUGAAGAGAACAAAAAAUAAAAGCCAAAAUGAGAAAAAUAUGGUGAAAUUAAAAAUUAAAAUAUUUAAAAAAUAUAAACUUGUGUUCGAAAAAUAUUCUUAAAACUUA